GUCAUAGGAACAAGCAUACCUCUGCACAGUUCAAAUGCAAGUUAUCUAUGUCCAUUUUAGUUCCAGGUCUGACUGGAGUCAUUAUGGUGUUAGUAUUGUUCCUAAUGUGUACAGCUUCUACGUAUGCCAUCAGGGUUUCAAACUAUGACAUCUUCUGGUAUACACACAACCUUUUCUUUGUCUUCUAUAUGCUGCUGCUGCUACAUGUUUCUGGGGGAGUGCUCAAGUACCAGACCAACUUAGAGGAACACCCUCCCGGUUGCUUUAAUCCUAACAAAACACUCCGACAGAACAUGACGGUGCCAAAGGCUUUUGAAGACCUGUUCCCUGACUAUACUACUGAACCUUUCCCGGAUGACUUAGUACCAGAACCCUUUCUACAAAAUAGCUUUGUGAGAAUUUGUUCCGAGGAACCCAAGUUCCAGUCACACUUCCCAGAGACCUGGUUUUGGAUUUCUGGACCUCUGUGCUUGUACUGUGUGGAAAGGCUGUACCGCUACAUCCGCAGCAAUAAACCAGUCACAAUAACUUCGGUGAUAAGUCACCCCUCCAACGUCCUUGAAGUAAGGAUGAUAAAGGAUGACUUUAAAGCAAGACCUGGUCAGUAUGUUAUUCUACACUGUCCGAGAGUGUCUGCACUGGAAAGCCAUCCAUUCACCCUUACAAUGUGCCCUACAGAUACCAAAGCAACGUUUGGGGUCCACCUUAAAGUAGUAGGAGACUGGACAG